AUGUUUCAGUCCAAUUUUGGCUUGAACCAGAAUCUUGUAGAUAAUCGAAAUUAUUCUGCAAGUCCAAGCAAUCAAGGCUUUGUCACGACCAAUAAUGCGGAACGUGGAACUGUUGUUGAAGUCACAGGCUGGACAAAUGCUAACGAAAAAGACCUGGUUUCUUUCAUCCAUCGGAAGACGAAAAUUAAUCUCAAAAUUGUGAACGCUGACCGCAAUUCAGGGGUAUUAACAGCAUCUGUGAAGUCUGAAAAAGACGCCAACAUCCUGGUGAAGUACAACGGAAUCAGAUUUGCCGGUGAAAGUCUUAAAAUAAACAUUGUUUCGGCCAUCGAUUCAUCCAAAUCGAACAAUACAGUCACCCUUAUAAAAAACAUACUUGCUUCUCGCUACGAUCCAGGAACAAUGAUGUUGAAUUUGGAUGGACUAAGGAACGGUAUGAAUCCAGAAUUUCAAGGGUUAUUUGCGACUACUCAAACAGCCUCCAAGUUUUUUUUGGCUCUCAUGAAAAUUGCAUCUCAACAGCAACUUAAAGUCGAAUCUUUAAAUCUAUCUAACAACGAUCUUGGAAACAGUCAAAAAGAUUUGAUUGAAGUUGCGGUUUCAUUUCCCACUCUCAAAAAUCUAGCUCUUUCAAAUAACAACAUAACCAAAAUUGAGACCAUUGAGAAAUUGAAAAAUAAACUUCCUUAUCUGCGAGAACUAUGGAUCGUCGGGAAUCCGAUUGACAGUCCGUCAUUUUCAAGUGACAUUAUCAAAUGUUUUCCAAGGUUGUCGAUUCUCAAUGGUGUGCCUGUCAGAGACGAAGGCAAGUUGACCAAUUUAUUGUCUUUCCCAUUCCCUUGUGCUAGCUCCUUCUUUGAAUCUCCAGAAUUACAAAGUGUUGCAAUCCAAUUCAUCACAACUUAUUUGAACUUUUGGGAUAAUGACAGAAUGAGUCUUCUGAAUCUCUUUACUCCUGAAUCCCAAUUCUCUUAUCAUUUUGAUACAACUCAUAUCGUUGAGGCUUCUUCAGCAUCAAUAUCGAUCAAAGAUUCGAGAACACCAAAUUCCGUUGCUAGUUCUUGGGGAUCUUACAUUUCGAACUCAAGAAAUCUGAUGCGAGUUUCUGGCAUAAAGUCUCGAAUGUCUAAAGUUUUCAAAGGCAGAGAUCCAAUAUCGGAUGCUUUCCAGUCUCUCCCUACUUCCAAACAUAGGCUUGACAAGGAUCCAAGCAGCUACUCAAUUGAAGUCGUUUCUGUUCCUAUCUUAAAUGCAAUGGAGAUUUGUGUGCAUGGAAGCUUCGUCGAGACUGGCUCACCAAAAAAAUCAAACAAGGAAGGACACUUCAAAAAUGGAAGUAAAUACACAGCCUAUCACACUUCGAGUCGCAGCCAGUUGUCAGAAAGAUCUUUCGAUAGGUCAUUGCUCGUGAUUGCAGGUACGGGAGGGAGCUAUAUCGUUGCUUCAGACAUGUUGCUUUUGAAGCAAUACUCUGGUCAAGGAGGAUGGAGUUCAGACUCACACCGAGGUCCCGUUAGCUCAUCUCCGGCAGCAUCGGGCCUACCAGUCGCUCAAGCUCCAUCAUCGGCAAUUCCAGCUGACAUUGUGUCCAAACUCAGCUUAUCACAACAACAGAUACUCAACCGAGUUUUCGAGGAUACGAAAUUAACACCACAAUAUUCUAUAAUGUUGUGCGAGCAAAGCAAUUGGGAUUAUAAUACAGCUAUGAUAAAUUUCAAUAAUUCCCGGGCACAAAUACCAAAAGAUGCGUUCUUAUGA